GCGUGCUGCGCUCCACCCAAGCCAGCCCCGCCCCGCCCCUUUCGUGGCGUCACAAAGCACCUACCCCGGCCACACGUGGUGCGAAACGCAGACCUCUUGUGUUGGCGGCGAUAGAGGCGGGGUGAAGCAGGAAUAACAUAACAAACUGAAGUGCUCCCCUGACCGCUGCAGUUCACGCACACGGCAGCCCGCUGGUUGAGAGGACGAGGAGCAGUGCUGGGGAGGGGGUGUGGCUCCCCCUGCAGGCGCUCCCUCGACAGCGCGACUCAGAAAGCAGCAGAGCGAGGGCAUGGAGGAGGAGCGAGGUCCCCUUAAAGGGAAGGGCCCGGGGAAGAAGCCCGCUGGCACCGCCGCCCUUAAAGGGAAGGUCUCCGCGGCUAAACCGACCCGCGGCCGCAAAGCUGCCCCGGCCAGGAAGGAGCCGCCGCGGCUGGAGGAAGAGGAGGAGCUGAAGGAGGAGACCCCCGGAGCCCCUCCCCCCGCCCCCCCGCUCUCCCUGCAGUGUUUCGAGUGCCACAUCACCUUCAGCGACCCCAAAUGCCAGGAGCGGCACCUGAAGAAGCGGCACCCCGCGGAGUACGAGCGCCACGUGCUGGGCGGCUCUCUCUUCACCUGCUACGUGUGCGACCGCGCCUUCCCCUCCUCGCGGGAGCUGCUGGCCCACCAGCGGGGCCACACCGAGGAGAGGCCCUUCCAGUGCCCGGUGUGCGGGGCCCGCUUCGGACGCUCCUCCGAGCUGACCGCCCACAAGAGGACCCAUUUCGGGCAGCUGGGCUACGCCUGCGCGGACUGCGGCAAACUCUGCAAGACCCUGACGCUGCUGAAAUACCACCGGCGCACCCACACAGGGGAGAGGCCCUACCUGUGCCUGGAGUGCGGCAGGACCUUCAGACAGUCCUCCGGGAUGCACCGUCACCUGCAGACCCACGCGGAGGAGCAGGGAGCAGGGGGAGAGGGGGGGAGCGGCAAGGAGAAGCCACAGAAGAGGAAGAGGAGGAGGAGGAAGGGGGAGGAGGGGGAGGAGGAGGAGAGGGCUGUCCCCACUGCCAGUCUGGAGGGUGCCCAGUGCUCCCAGUGCCUGCUCACUUUCUCGGACCCGCAGACGGCCGAGCAGCACGUGAGGAGUCAGCACCCCGAGGUCCCGCCUCCCCCCAGCACCCCCCCCCGGCGCCGCCCAGCACAGCCAGGGCAGCCUGCCCCCCCUGUGGAGAGCCGGGGUACUGCGUCGGACUGGGGCUAGGGUCAGGGGGAGGGGAGGAGGGAGAGAUGCAGGCUGCUGUGGCUGAUGUAAGCCUGCCCACCAACAGCAGUACAAUCUGCCCCCUUCAGCGCCAGCCCUGUGACCCCCACCUGAACCACUGCAGCUCCGACUCCCAGCCGCCCCCCUCCCUGACUGAGCCCCCCCUCCCCCUGGCCCUGAGCCGCGAGACGAGCCGCA